GGCGCUGAGUCAGGCCGCUGGGAGCUCGGUUGGGCCCGGCCGGGGCGGAGCUUGCGCCUGCGCGGUGAGAGGCUUCGGGGCAGGGCAGGCUUAUAUUCGCAGACGAUCAGCUGACGCUCUGCAUUGCAGACAGUGGAGUCAGGCGGCACCAUGUAUUCGGUCUUCCUCCUGGCCAGCCUCCUGGGCGCGGCUCUAGCCAGCCCUGUCCUAGGCCUAGAAGAAUGCACCAGAGGCUCAGCAGUGUGGUGCCAGAAUGUGAAGACAGCGGCCGAUUGUGGGGCUGUGAAGCACUGCCUGCAGACUGUCUGGAACAAGCCAACAGUGAAAUCUCUUCCCUGCGACGUAUGUAAAGAUGUUAUCACCGCAGCUGGCAACAUGUUGAAAGACAAUGCCACUGAGCAAGAGAUCCUCGUGUACUUGGAGAAGACCUGUGACUGGCUUCCAAAGCCGAAUUUGUCUGCCUUAUGCAAGGAGAUCGUGGAUUCCUACCUCCCAGUCAUCCUGGACCUAAUUAAAGGACAAAUGAGCCAUCCUGGGGAGGUCUGCUCCGCUCUCAAUCUCUGUGAGUCUCUUCAGAAGCACCUGGCAGAGCUGAAUCACCAGAAACAGCUUGAGUCAAAUAAGAUCCCGGAACUGGACGUGGCUGAGGUUGUGGCUCCCUUCAUGGCCAACAUCCCCCUCCUCCUCUACCCUCAGGAUGGCCCCCGUAGCGAGCCCCAGCCUAAGGCUGGUGGGGACGUUUGCCAGGACUGCAUUCAGAUGGUGACUGACAUCCAGACUGCCGUAAGGACCAACUCCACCUUUGUCGAGGCCUUGGUGGAACAUGCCAGGGAGCAGUGUGACCGCUUGGGGCCUGGCAUAGCUGACAUGUGCAAGAAUUAUGUCAACCAGUAUUCUGAAAUUGCUAUCCAAAUGAUGAUGCAUAUGCAGGAACAGCAACCCAAGGAGAUUUGUGGUCUGGUUGGGUUCUGUGACCAGGUGAAGGAGAUGCCCAUGCAGCCUCUGAUCCCCGCCAGAGUGGUCUCGGAGAAUGUCAUCCCUGCCCUGGAACUGGUAGAGCCCAUUAAGAAGGACCUGGUCCAGGCGAAGUCUAAUGUUUACUGUGAGUUGUGUGAAUAUGUGGUGAAGGAGGUGGUUAAGAUGAUUGACAACAACAAGACUGAGGAAGAAAUAAUUCACGCUUUGGAUCAAGUGUGCUCAAAAUUGCCUGCAUCCAUGUCUGAAGAGUGCCAAGAGGUGGUGGACACUUACGGCAGCUCCAUCCUGUCGAUCCUCCUGCAGGAGGCGAGCCCUGAGUUGGUGUGCAGCAUGCUCCAUCUCUGCACCUCCCAGGGUCUGCCUGCACUGACUGCACAUGUGACUCAGCAGAAGGAUGGUGGCUUCUGUGAGGUAUGCAAGAAGCUGGUUGGCUAUUUGGACCACAACCUGGAGAAAAAUAGCACGAAGCAGGAGAUUCUGGCUGCUCUCGAGAAAGGUUGCAGCUUCCUGCCUGACCCAUACCAGAAGCAGUGUGAUCAGUUUGUGAGUGAGUACGAGCCUGUGCUGAUAGAAAUCCUGGUGGAAGUGAUGGAGCCGUCCUUCGUGUGCUCGAAAAUUGGAGUCUGCCCUGCAGCCCGUAAGCCUCUUCUGGGAACGGAGAAGUGUGUCUGGGGCCCAAGCUACUGGUGCCAGAACAUGGAGGCAGCAACCUUGUGCAACGCCGUUGAGCAUUGCAAACGUCACGUGUGGAACUAGAAAGAAUGUUCCAUCUUGGAGAAACCACAGCAUCUUAAUUGUUUGGUGGAACAAACACAGAUCUGUUAACUUUGUUAAAAAAACAAAUAGGCCUCCCUUUCCCUCACUCUCUUAUCUCCCUUAUUGUAGCAUUGCUGUCAGUGUGGGAGGUGCCUAACCGCUGA